UUAUUCUGUAUUUUGUUUUUUUUUUCUUCUAUGUGAAUUUGAUCGGCAACUCGUUUCCUUGUUAAUUCUCUCAAUUUCAUCUUCACUUUUUAUCGUCCCUUUUGAUUUCUGUACAAGGAUUUUAGGGUUCUUGCAGUAGUUUUGGUGAAUCGAAGGGUUUCCCUUUUUAUUUCGUGAGCCUCCAAUUCUCAGAUUGGGUCGGUUUGCGGUUGUUCUUCGUUAAAUUAGGGUUUCUUCCCGUCGAUGGGCGAAUUUGAUUGAUUUAUGACGAGAGAUGAUUGGUGAACCACCGCGAAGGAAAGUUGGGAUGCCGAAACUCAAGCGUUGCUCAGCGGUGGAUUCAGAAAUUGGGAAUAGCGACGGAUUUGAGCAAUCACGCGUCGUCGCUAGAAAUCCCGUGAAGAUGCAGAAGACGACCGAUCAGUGUUUUACUGUUCCUAUCGCUCAAAUCGAGGCGAGCAGUGCUGGGUUUUCAAACUGUUGGGCAGCGACUGGAGUCCGAUCCUACAAUGCUGGAGGGGACACCACAGUUCGCAAGACUGCUGAAAAUAAGCCUCCAUUGUUGAAGUCCUCCAGAGGGCGCAAGCAGGUGCUCCCCAUGAAAUUCAGCGACUCAGUUUUGCACUCGUGGAAGAAAGAAAAGUCGGAGUGUGGUGAUGAUCCGAAGAGCUGUGUGGAUGAUAAUGAUGAAUGCGUUCAGGAUAACAAGAAGUUGAAGCGGAAGGAGGCGUCUGCAUCUUACAAUGACAUAUACUUAGUGAAGAAACCACGGACAGAAAAGCAGUAUGGUAACUUCCAGGUGAAAAACAUUACUUCUGAGCCAUAUCCGAGUUCCCUCAGUUCGGCAACGUCCAUAAAUGAAGGAAUUUCCUCUUCUUCAAUGAUGGAUAGAGUUGGGAAGCUGAAUGGGCAUGCAGGACUGAUGAGUCCCGUGAAGAAGAAAGUAGUUGAGAAAAAGGCUGAUUUUUAUGAGCCCAAUGAUUUUGUUACGGGAGAUAUAGUCUGGGCAAAAUGUGGGAAGCAUUUUCCUGCUUGGCCUGCAGUUGUGAUUGACCCUCUCUGGCAAGCUCCUGAGGCUGUACUGAGAGCUUGUGUUCCCGGCACUCUAUGUGUGAUGUUUUAUGGGUACUGCAGAAGUGGACAAAGGGAUUAUGGGUGGAUAAAGGCUGGAAUGGUUUUUCCGUUUCACGAGUACAUGGACAGAUUUCAGGGGCAGACUAAGUUGCAUGGUAGUAAGCCAAGCGAUUUCCUCGGGGCUAUAGAGGAGGCAGUUUUAGUAGAAAAUGGCUACGAGAAUUCGGACAUGGGAACCAGACAGGAAACAUUACCUGUGCCAGAUCACAGUGAUGUUGAAGAAGCAACUGGUUCGAAUCAGGAGUCUGAAUGUAACGAGAUGCCUGGUAAAAAGAAAGAUACCCGAACAUGUGGCAGCUGUGGUGUGAUAUUUCCAUGUAGAAUGUUGAAAAAAAUGAAGAACGCAACAACCAAGGCUCUUUUUCUGUGUGAACAUUGUAUUAAGGUAUGUUGCGAUGGUUGUGAUGUUUGGAUUCAUACUGAGUGUGCCAACAUUUCAUCUAAGCUUUUGAAGGAUCUGAAAAGUAUGGACUACUUCUGCCCUGAGUGCAGAGCUAAACCAUCAUCGGAACUAUUGGCUUUGGAUAAUCAGCAACUAUAUCUUAGUCCUGCAGAGCGGCUUGAAAGCAAAAAACCACCAGACAAGGUAACAGUUAUCUGCAAUGGCGUGGAAGGGAUUUAUUAUCCGAGUCUUCAUUUGGUUCAGUGUACAUGUGGUUCAUGUGGAACGAAGAAGUGUGGGCUCAAUGAGUGGGAACGGCAUACAGGAUGCAGAGCGAAGAAAUGGAAGUACAGUGUUAAAGUGAAGGGCUCUAAUUUAACACUUGAAAAAUGGAUGGCGCUGUACAAUUUACAUGGCUUCAGUUCCACUCGGUUGGAUAAACAGCAGUUGUUUUCUUUUCUGAAAGGUUGUAGACGGGUGUGGUGUCAGAUAGCAGUACAUCAAGAAUGUUAUGGAGUGAGGAAUACUCAAGAUUUUGCUUUGUGGGUGUGCCGUGCAUGUGAAACCCCAGAGUUCGAGAGGGAAUGUUGCCUCUGGGGUGCACUGAAGCCAACUGAUGUUGAUGAUUUAUGGAUUCAUGUUACCUGCGCAUGGUUUCGCCCAGAAGUUGCUUUCUUAAAUGCGGAGAAAAUGGAGCCUGCUGUUGGGCUUCUUAAAAUUCCACCAAAUUCGUUUGCUAAGGGAUGUGUUAUUUGCAAGCAGAUUCACGGUUCUUGCAUGCAGUGUUUCAAGUGUGCCACCUAUUUUCAUGCAACAUGUGCUUCUCGUGCUGGAUAUUGCAUGGAAUUGCAUUGCAUUGAAAAGAAUGGGGCGCAAAUAACUAAAUGGAUAUCAUAUUGUGCUUUCCACAGGACACCUAGUGCGGAAAAUGUACUAGUGAUUCUGACCCCGGAUGGGGUUUUUUCUAACAGAAGUUUGCUCCAAGGCCAGUAUCAAGAACAACGCUCGAGAGGUUCAAGGUUAAUCUCAACAAAUACUGUCAAGUGCUUGGAUUCUUCUCCUGCUGAUUCUAAUGAAUUCGAAGAGAUAUCUGCAGCAAGGUGCCGUGUUUACAAACGACCAAAUGUUAAGGGGAGUGGAACAGAAUCAGUUUUCCACCGCUUGAUGGGGCCUCGUCAUCAUGCUCUUGAUGUCAUAGAUUCUUUGAGUUAUCAUCAUAAGGAUAUGGAAGAGAUGGCAUCUUCUACAUUCAGUGAACGCUUAGAACAUUUGAAGAAAACAGAGAAAUAUCGGGUUUGCUUUGGUAAAUCAGGAAUACAUGGGUGGGGCCUCUUUGCAAGGCGAAGCAUCCAAGAAGGAGAAAUGGUUAUCGAAUAUUGUGGUGAGCAGGUGAGGCGUAGCAUUGCUGACCUAAGGGAGAAACGGUAUGGGUUGGAAGGCAAAGAUUGCUACGUGAGUCAAAUCUUCAUGGUCCUUCAGAUAAUACUGUCAUGUGCAUGCUCUUGUUUGUGCCAGCUUUUCAAGGUCAGUGAGGAAAUAGUAAUUGAUGCCACAAAUAAGGGGAACAUUGCUCGCUUGAUUAAUCAUUCGUGCAUGCCCAACUGUUACGCGAGGAUCAUGAGCACGGGCAAAGAAGAGAGUCGUAUAGUUCUUAUAGCUAAGACCAGCGUCUCGGCUGGUGAUGAGCUAACCUAUGAUUAUAAGUUUGAGGCGGAUGAGCGUGAGGAGGUUAAAGUCCCUUGCUUUUGUAAUGCUCCCAGCUGCCGAAAAUUUUUGAACUGACAGAAAAUCAAUUUUUGUAUAGCUUACUUAAGGGAACAGGCUCUUUUCUUCAGGGGGGAUUUUUCUCUUUUUAUACUUGUAUUCACAGCAAUGGUUGUCUAGAUUUUUUAUUUUUUUUUGUAAUAAUAAUUGCAAAUGUAGGUUAGAUUUUUUUGUUAUUUGGAAACUACAGAUUCAUUUGCGAAUAGAUGUCAACUUACAGAUUCAUCUGCACAUCUGCAUUGUUAUUUGGAAACUACAGAUUCAUUUGCGAAUAGAUUCAUUUU